CCUCACUGCUGAAACCCAAUCCUCUGCAGCAGCUCCAGCACCGCUUCACACAGCUCCACAGCCCCUGCUUGCCACCACUGCCCACACCUCACCUGGUCCCUGCUGUGGAACCCAGUCCCGAGCCACCGCCUAUUCCUGGGGAAGGCCAAGCUGGACUCACCUCUUCUCACCUCACCAGGCCAGUGCCUUCCCACUUCUCACCUUGGCUCCUCUCCCACCUUCUCCUCUGCUCGCUUUGCCUGCCUGGCCAUGCCUGGCCACCUGAAUCCUGCCUCACUGCCCUUGCCAGUCCUCCAGCCCACCUUCGCUUCCUCCAAGCCGCAGGCCUCCUCUCCGCCCUCCUCCUCUCCAGCUACAGCCAUGAAGAGCCCCUCAGGGCAGGAGGAGGCUGGGAGAACCACCUCAGACAUCCAUGUGUUCGCCAGCAGUUGCACGCUGCAUGGGCUGGGCCAUGUCUUUGGUCCAGGCGGCCUUACCCUGCGCCGCGGGCUGUGGGCUUCAGCUGUGCUCCUGUCGCUGGCAGCCUUCCUCUACCAGGUGGCAGAGCGAGUACGCUACUAUGGGGAGUUCCACCAUGAGACUGUCCUGGACGAGCGCGAGAGUAACCGGCUCACCUUCCCAGCUGUCACGCUGUGCAACAUCAACCAGCUGCGCCGCUCACACCUCACACCCAAUGACCUGCACUGGGCAGGGCCUGCACUGCUGGGCCUGGACCCCGCUGAGCACACUGCCUUCCUACGUGCCCUGGGCCGGCCGCCUGCACCACCCGGCUUCAUGCCCAGCCCCACCUUUGAUAUGGCACAGCUCUAUGCCCGCGCUGGCCACUCGCUUGAGGACAUGCUGCUGGACUGCCACUACAGAGGCGAGCCCUGUGGGCCCGAGAACUUCACUGUGAUCUUCACCCGGAUGGGGCAGUGCUACACAUUCAACUCUGGUGCUGGCGGGGUACAGCCACUCACCACUUCCAAAGGUGGUGCUGGCAAUGGACUGGAUAUCUUGCUGGAUGUGCAGCAGGAAGAGUAUCUGCCAGUGUGGAAGCCCAUGGAUGACACCCCGUUUGAGGUGGGGAUCCGAGUUCAGAUCCACAGCCAGGAGGAGCCUCCUGUCAUCGACCAGCUGGGCUUUGGGGCAGCCCCAGGUUACCAGACUUUUGUGUCCUGCCAGAAGCAGCAACUAAGCUUCCUGCCACCGCCCUGGGGCGACUGCAGCUCCGCAUCUAUGGACCCCGACUAUGAAGAACCCUCUGAUCCCCUGGGUCCCCUCAGCCCCGGUUCCAACCCCAGCCCUCCCUACAGCCUAAUGGGUUGUCGUAUGGCCUGUGAGGCACGCUACGUGGCUCGGAAGUGCGGGUGCCGGAUGAUGCAUAUGCCGGGUAGCGCACCCGUGUGCAGCCCCCAGCAGUACAAGGAUUGUGCCGACCCAGCCCUGGACGCCAUAGUGCGGAAGGAAACGUGCGCCUGUCCCAACCCCUGCGCCAUCACGCGGUACGCCAAGGAGCUCUCCAUGGUGCGGAUUCCGAGCCGAGCCGCCGCCCACUACCUGGCCCGGAAGUUCAACCGCAGCGUGGCCUACAUCGCAGAGAACGUGCUUGCCCUUGACAUCUUCUUUGAAGCCCUCAACUAUGAGACAGUGGACCAGAAGAAGGCUUACGAAAUGUCAGAGCUGCUCGGAGACAUUGGGGGCCAGAUGGGGCUGUUCAUUGGAGCCAGCCUGCUCACCAUCCUAGAGAUCCUAGACUUCCUCUGUGAGGUGUUCCAGGACAGGGUGCUGGGAUACUUCUGGAACCGAAGGCGCUCCCAAACAAACUCCAGCACCAAUCUGAUUCAGGAUGGGCUGGGCGGCCACAGGACCCACAUUCCCCACUUCAGCCUGGGCCCAAGUGGUAUCUCUGCAGGCCUCCGGCUUCUCCCUGCGCUGUCACCAAGACACUCUCCACCUCCCAUCGCACCUGCUACCUGGUCACACGGCUCUAGCCCUGCAGUCCAGGGGCUCAGGGCCACACCUCCAUAUCCCAGACACACCCAGCCUGCGUAUCUGUGCUGUCUCUGCCCCAAAUAAAGCUUGAGUGU